CAACAAUGCUGCGUGACAGCAGCUUGUCCAAGCACAAUGCCAUGGUCAACCGCAAGACAAAUGGGGCCAGCGAUGCUGACGCGAAGCGCCCUGCGAAACGGCUGAAACAGGAACCUCGAUCAGAAGCAGAAACGCCAGACGAUGGCGAACUUGCCCCAGUCGAUGUCGGACAACAAAAGACGACCGAUCUUGAGACGGCUCUUCCUCCCAUUGAUACCGACAAAGAAGCCAUCUUAGCCUACGAAGCUACGCGUCUCGCCGGUUCAUCGGAUUCUCAGAAUGAUGGGCCAAAAUGGAUACCUGGUCAGCGUUCAAUCUACGUCGAUGCCUUCAACCUUGCUCUCGAUACUGUACUUGAAGACGAGAGCCAUCUAUUCGACGAUGCUGAGAAGAAAGUAUUUGAAACCUGGCGUGAAUUGAACUACGAGGCUCAAUACCUCUACGUUCGCUUGUUCCUUCGCAAGACAUCUGCCUGGCAUCGUACCAACCGUCUAGGCUAUCACAGCGAUAUCUCCGACCUCCCCAAAGCCGUCGAAACUCUACAGAUCCCUUGCCAUCUUCCACCGCCCACCGUAGAAUCCCUUCCCGUACCUCGCGAUUUUGACCAACCCGACGAUGCUCGACUUGGUCAUUCCUUUACCUUCGCCGACAAGUCCGAAGACUUCAUCACCACAUUAGAGGAAGCCUCUUCGCUGCUGCUGCUAGACGAGCUCAAAACACUUGCUAGAGAUGCAAAGGUCCAAGGCAAGACAAAAAGAGAAUUGCUUCACGCUCUAAGGAAGGCAAGUGGUAAACAGGCUGGUCUAGGGUGGUCAUCGCUCAAACGAUCAGACACGGAAGAGUCGAGUCUGUCUAUCCCUGAUGACGACAGUCGAGAAGGCACCCCUCUACAAAAUCGAGACACACACUUCCUGGAGAAGAUCAUGGCAGAGACAGGUCCUUGUGUCAGAUUGUCUGACCCGGCACGAAGAUUGUUCGAACGUGUCCAUCUUGUCUUCUAUCGAUCCACCAUGUGGACAGAGAAGUCUUUGACGACUAUCAUUCUUGCGAAGAUCUCACGCUUGAAUUUCCCGGAAUAUCUCGUCUGUCGCUCGUCCAACAUCUUCGCAUCCAGACCUAUGCUGCUCGAGUUCGAGGCUUCAUUGAGGAUUCAGUAUCAUCUUGACAGCAUUCUCGAAUUCAACGGCACACCGAGUCCGGAUAAUUUGGAGAUGAUCCUGAAUCUCUGUGAGGAGAUCUUUCCACGAUGGAGAGCAUUGUUGCAAGAAGAGCAAAAGAAGGAAGACAGCAUAUACAUGACUGGUGAGGGUGCCUACUUGCGACGUCUGUCUCCCGCCUGGGUCUACACUCGUAUCAUUCACAAAGGUGCAUAUGUCAUGGGAAAGUUCAAGGACCACAAGCGAGAAUACGAUACCCUCCAAGAGCUUCUGAAACAGAGACUCUUUCACACCUCGAGGCGCGGCGAUUGGUAUCAGCGAAAGGCUCUACUAGAAGAACACUACAUGCAUGCCUUGAUGCCAGCCCAAAGCCGCGGAGAAGACGCUCAGAAGAAGCACUGGAAGCGCAUAGCCCUACGGACUUGUGAGGAAGGCCUUCAAGACCGUCUUGUGCAUCUUAUGUACCAUCACGACCUUCAGAAACGGGUCAUAAAACUGGAGAAAGCGCUUCGCGUGCCAAUGCGAGAGCAGCACGACUUCAGCCAUGUUCGACUAGCCAAGCCUGUAGAGCGUGUCUUCUACGGCACCCGAAUACAAAGGCCGGAGCAGCCGAACGAGACGAGACGAGGAGGCAAGACCAUCUGGAUUGAUCCUGGCGAGAAUGAAAAUGAGGGAGAGUGUUCGGUGGAAGCAAUGUGUCUUUCGCAGUACCGCUCGCUCGGCUAUCGAGGAUAUCAUGCUGAGGGUGGUAUUGUUCGAACGUUGUUCGCUUACCUAUUCUACGACAUCCUCUUCGUCUACAUUCCGGAUGUUUUUCAGACACCCUACCAAACUUGCCCUUUGGAUCUGCACACGGAUGCCUUCUAUCCAUCCCGCAUAUCCGAGAUCAAUCAACGCUUGAACGAGAUCAACAACGGGGAGGCAAGUAACCUGAUUCAACGAGUUUGGGAUGAUCACCACGAGAAGAAUACCUGUGUAGUGGGACUGAGUUGGUCCUACGAGCUGGAGGACCUCUUGUCCAUCGCCAAGUGUUUCCCACCCGCGGCUCUCAGUACUGUGUGUAAAGUCAUGGCGCAAGAAUAUGGUCAAAGAGGAGGUGGUGUACCAGACCUCUUCUUGUGGAAAGAGGAUCCCAACAACAGUGGAGGAGAGGUCAUGUUCGCUGAAGUGAAAAGUGAGAAUGAUCGAUUGAGCGAUACACAGCGGUUGUGGAUCGACGUGCUCACAGGAGCGGGUGUCACGGUAGAACUGUGCAACGCUGUUGCCAAAGAAGUAAAAGUGGUUGGCUAGUUUUAGGACUCAUGACUUUACGAAUCUCACGAAUUUCUAGAGGUUUGCACGACACAUCUUUCCUUUUUUCAUGUGGUUCCAACAAACUCAAUCAACUUGCGGAGUCUCCACUGCCAACAAUCCACCUUUGGAAACGGCAGUUAAAGCUCCCCACCACACCUCGACAGUGGCGAUUCAGUGUUUGAAGGUGCGCUGCGUCCAUUCAAAUCUGCUGGAAUAAUAUCAGC